AGGGAGGGAAGGAAGGGGGGCCGGAGUGUCCCGGGCGCAGGGCGCGCGUGCGGCGGCGGCGGCGGCGGCGGCAGCGGCGGGGAGGGGCCGGCCGCGCUCCCCUCCUCCCUCGCAUCCCCGGCCCCGCGCGCGCCCAGCAGAAGCGGGUCUGUGUGUGCGUGCGUGCGAGUGAGUGUGUGCAUAUAUUUUUUUUCUCUCUUUUCUUUCUCACUGUUUUCUCUCUCUCUCUUUCUCUCUCUCGCUUUCUCUCUCUCUCUUUUUUUUUUGCAAAGAAACAGCAGCGCCGCCGCCGCUCCGCCGAGGCGCUGCGCCCCCCGGGCGGGGGGGGAGGAGGAGGCGGGCAGCGGCGGAGGGAGGGGAGCCCGGGAGGGGGGCGCCGCGCUGGGAGGGAGGCAGCGCGCACGGUGCAGCCGGGCCGGGCGGGAGGCAUGGCGGGGCCCCCGGCCCUACCCCCGCCGGAGACGGCGGCGGCCGCCACCACGGCGGCCGCUACCUCGUCGUCCGCUGCUUCCCCGCACUACCAAGAGUGGAUCCUGGACACCAUCGACUCGCUGCGCUCGCGCAAGGCGCGGCCGGACCUGGAGCGCAUCUGCCGGAUGGUGCGGCGGCGGCACGGCCCGGAGCCGGAGCGCACGCGCGCCGAGCUCGAGAAACUGAUCCAGCAGCGCGCCGUUCUCCGGGUCAGCUACAAGGGGAGCAUUUCGUACCGCAACGCGGCGCGCGUCCAGCCGCCCCGGCGCGGAGCUACCCCGCCGGCCCCGCCGCGCGCCCCCCGCGGGGGCCCGGCCGCCGCGCCGCCGCCCACGCCCGCCCCGCCGCCGCCGCCCGCGCCCGUCGCUGCCGCCGCCCCAGCCCGGGCGCCCCGCGCGGCUGCCGCGGCCGCCGCCACUACAGCGCCCCCCUCGCCCGGCCCCGCGCAGCCGGGCCCCCGCGCGCAGCGGGCCGCGCCCCUGGCCGCGCCGCCGCCUGCGACCGCCGCUCCUCUGGCAGUGGCGCCUCCGACCGGCCCGCGUCGCGCCCCCCCGCCCGCCGUCGCCGCCCGGGAGCCGCCGCUGCCGCCACCGCCACAGCCGCCGGCGCCGCCACAGCAGCAGCAGCCGCCGCCGCAGCAGCCACAGCAGCCGCCUGAGGGGGGCGCGGCGCGGGCCAGCGGCCCUGCGCGGCCCGUGAGCCUGCGGGAAGUCGUGCGCUACCUCGGGGGCAGCGGCGGUGCCGGUGGCCGCCUGACCCGUGGCCGUGCGCAGGGGCUACUGGAGGAGGAGGCGGCGGCGCGAGGCCGCCUAGAGCGCACCCGUCUCGGAGCGCUCGCGCUGCCCCGCGGGGAUAGGCCUGGACGAGCGCCGACGGCUGCCAGCGCCCGCGCGUCUCGGAGCAAGAGAGGUGGAGAAGAGCGACUGCUUGAGAAGGAAGAGGAGGAAGAUGAUGAAGAAGAUGAAGAUGAUGAAGACAAUGUGUCUGAAGGCUCUGAGGUACCCGAGGGUGACCGUCCUGCAGGUGCCCAGCAUCACCAGCUUAAUGGUGAGAGGGGCCCUCAGAGUGCCAAGGAGAGGGUCAAGGAGUGGACACCUUGUGGACCUCACCAGGGCCAGGAUGAAGGGCGGGGGCCAGCACCAGGCAGUGGCACCCGCCAGGUGUUCUCCAUGGCAGCCAUGAAUAAGGAAGGGGGAUCAGCCUCUGCUGCCACUGGGCCAGACUCCCCAUCCCCCGUGCCUUUGCCCCCAGGAAAACCAGCCCUGCCUGGGGCCGAUGGAACCCCCUUUGGCUGUCCUUCUGGGCGCAAAGAGAAGCCAGCUGACCCUGUAGAAUGGACAGUGAUGGACGUGGUAGAAUAUUUCACAGAGGCUGGCUUCCCGGAGCAGGCAACAGCUUUCCAAGAACAGGAAAUAGAUGGCAAGUCUCUCCUGCUCAUGCAGCGGACAGAUGUGCUAACCGGCCUGUCCAUCCGCCUUGGCCCAGCCCUGAAAAUCUACGAGCACCACAUCAAGGUGCUCCAGCAAGGCCACUUUGAGGAUGAUGACCCUGAUGGCCUCCUAGGCUGAACGUCCAGCCUCACCCCUGCCCCUACCCUUUCCAGACCCAUCUUACCCAAGUCCCCUGGAGUCCAGGGGUUGGACUAGGGACACUCGCAGCCCUCAUAACAGAUUCCAGUGAGGGGCACCCUUCCCUACUCAUCUCUUCCCAGUGUCUCCCCAACACACACAUCUGGCAUCGAGCACAUCCCAGACUUCCUGAUGGAGGAGUGUGGGGUGGGACAGGGCCUGCUCAUUUCACCCCAGGAGGCCCACCCCCACCCCCAACCUAGGACAUUUUUGAAAAAAAAGAAAAGAAAAGAAA